AUGGCAUGCAACACACCUAACCAAAGACAACGGACUAUGUCGACAUCUGGAGAAGCUCUAUAUGAAAUUCUUGGUUUGCAUAAGGGAGCAUCAGAUAAGGAAAUUAAGAAAGCCUACAGAAAAUUGGCCCUGAAGCACCACCCAGACAAGAAUCCAUAUGAUCCAGCUGCUGCGGAAAAGUUUAAAGAAAUCAACAAGGCCCAUACCAUACUUACCAACACAUCAAAGAGAAAUAUAUAUGACAAGUACGGAUCACUAGGACUCUAUGUGGCUGAGCAAUUUGGAGAUGAAAAUGUUAAUACCUACUUCAUGCUGUCAAGCUGGUGGGCAAAGACCCUGAUCGCCGUCAUCGGCCUCCUGACCGGCUGCUAUUUUUGCUGCUGUCUAUGCUGCUGUUGUAACUGCUGUUGUGGACGCUGCCGGCCCCGGUUGUCAGUGCCAGAGGAGGAUUUCUACGUGUACCCUGAGGAUCUUGAAGAGCAGAUCAAGACCGAUAUGGAAAAAGAUGUGGACUUUCCAGUUGUUCUCCAGCCUACAAAUGCAAAUGAGAAAACACAGCUAAUCAGAGAAGGACCUCGAAGUUAUUGCACAGACUCUUAAUAUUGAGCCUAUUGAGGGUCCAUGGUAUCUUCUCUUGAUUCAGCCAUGUCUCCAGGUGGUCAUGGAGGGAGUCUCGGGGCAUGAAAUGCUGUGAACUUUUCCACAUUUGUAUUUUACUUCUAGUUAGGGAAAGAUGAUUGCUACAUAAUUUUCUCAGUAUGCAGUCUCACUCUUUGAGUAGAAUUCCUAAUGAAACACAUUCUAUUUUGAAGAAUAAAGGCCUGAAGAGUUGUUUUAUGCUCUUUGCAUGAAGUAAGACAGUGGAAUUAGAUAGGUUUUCUGAGCCUCUCCUUUAUGUGAUCCAGACCUCAUUCCUUACAGUAUUCCAAAUAGAAGUCACUUUUCAUCUAUUUAACUACAUAUUAUAUUCAUAUCUGCCACAAUAUCAUUAGCAAAAUAUACAGGAUAUAUAUAUUUAGGAGGCAUUUUUGUGUGUGUGAAAUUUUUUUCCUGUUGAGAUUUAGUAUGGCUACAGAAAUAUGUUGAGGCCAGAAAAAAUUGUGAGAUAAAAAGAUAAAUCACAUUAUUUUAAAGCAUACUUUUGAAAGAUUAAAAAUUAUCAUUUACUGAAAACUGACAAGUAAAAGCAAGAAGAAACCGGUUUUGUGUGUACUUUUAGAUUGGCAUAAAAACAAAAACAAAAACAAAACUUCAACCUGGUUAAAUGUUAUAAAUAAUACAGAAAAUCAUUCUGAGCCCAAACCAGUCCCCCAAAAAUAUGUUCACCAUUUUUUAAGUAAAUUAAGUUUUAUACAACUUACUAUGGGAUUAGACUUACUAUGGGAAAGAAACACAUGAGGUGAAGUGCAGAAUUCUAAAUUCUAUAGCCUAAAUUUAAAUUUAAUUGUGUAUCACUUACCCUAUUUUUGGUGGGAUUAAUU